UACCAACUCAUCUCAAAGUUCUUACAAUUGAAGAAAAACCGUUUGUUUACGUCAGAAAAACAAUUGAAAAUAAGUGUCACGUAGAUGAAGUCCCAUGUCCAUAUUUUGAUGUGGAUAAUAUAACAAAAGAACUAUCCAUGAUAAACUGCUGCAAAGGCUACUGCGUUGAUUUAUUAAAAGAAUUGUCGAAGACUAUUAAUUUUACAUAUAGCUUGUCACUGUCUCCUGAUGGUCAGUUUGGAAGAUAUGUUCAUAAAAGCAACCAUACUGGAAAAAAAGAAUGGACUGGUCUCAUUAGUGAAAUAGUAAAUGAACGGGCAGAUUUAAUAGUUGCUCCAUUAACGAUGAAUCCUGAAAGAGCUGAAUUCAUUGAAUUCAGCAAACCAUUUAAAUAUCAAGGCAUUACUAUACUGGAAAAGAAGCCUUCAAGGUCAUCAACUUUGGUCUCGUUUCUACAACCUUUUAGCAACACCCUAUGGAUUUUAGUUAUGGUAUCAGUCCAUGUAGUAGCCCUUGUCUUGUAUUUAUUGGAUAGAUUCUCUCCCUUCGGACGAUUCAAAUUGGCUAACAACGAUGGCACUGAAGAGGAUGCACUAAACUUAUCAAGCGCUAUUUGGUUUGCGUGGGGAGUUCUUCUGAACAGCGGUAUCGGAGAAGGUACACCAAGAAGUUUUUCUGCUCGAGUAUUGGGAAUGGUUUGGGCUGGAUUUGCGAUGAUUAUUGUUGCCUCAUAUACAGCUAAUUUAGCAGCAUUCCUUGUAUUAGAACGUCCGAAAACAAAGCUUACAGGAAUAAAUGAUGCCAGACUUCGAAAUACUAUGGAAAACUUGACAUGUGCAACCGUAAAGGGAUCAGCUGUAGACACGUAUUUUCGACGUCAAGUUGAAUUAUCAAAUAUGUACCGAACAAUGGAGGCCAAUAAUUAUAACACUGCUGAAGAAGCAAUACAAGACGUAAAAAUAGGGUAAGUAGA